GAGAAGGGAGGAGCGGCGCGAGCGGCCGGAGCGGCGCAGGGCCCGAGGCGUGCAUGGCGCGCCCGGAGCCGGGCUCCCUCGGGCCCCUCGGGAGCGCCCCCGGGGCGCCGCGGCUCUUCGGCCGGCCCUUAUCGGCCGGCUGCUGUUGAGCCGCAGCCCUCCAUCGCUGGAUGCCGUGGUCCCCGGGAGAAGCCCGCCUGCGUUGGGGCAGAACGGCGGCGGCGCUGCGCCGGAUUCCGCCCUCCGCGUAGUGGUUCUGCGCUCGGCUACGGUGGGCCAGCCGCCGGCAACGAGGAACCCAGGGCUUGCGGAGCUAGCGACUCAACCCUCGGGACCUGCCGGAACGGGCCGGCCUGCUGGGUCUGGGGGACAGGAGGAGACGAGAGGGGAAGGGCCGCACCGCAGGAGCCGGUCCUCGCCCCCGCCCCCUGCGCGGGCACGCCGGAGGCUCUGUUCGCCUUUCGCGGGGGCCACGCUCCCACUCGCGCCUCCGGAGGUGGGGGAUGCGGGCGACGGCCCCCCCGGGCUCCAGGACCCUCCUCCCCGGGGCUCCGGAGCUCUUGCUCCGCCCGCCGCCCCCUCCCCCGUCCUCUCCACCCCCCAUCCCACCUCCCCACCCCUCGUAAGAAAAUAAUGCUGGCAGGAGCCUGCACCUCCCAGUCGCUCCCAGUGCGCUGCGAGCAAAGGGCACCCGCUGCGUCUCCGUGCCGGGACCCCUGCCGAGCCGCCCUCGCCGCCACCUUGCUGGGAGAGUCGCUGCUCUCGGCUUAGGCAAAAGCCACGAGCGCCGCGCCCGGGAACUGCCAGCUUCGGAGAGGCGCCGCCCGCAAGGACACCUCUCCGUCCCGCCUGCUCCUCAACUCCCAGCCUGAGCUCGACGCGAGCCAGGAGUCCGGACAUCUCUGCGUCCGGCGCAGCAGUCAGAGCUGUCCCCACUGCCACCGCUCGGAGCCAACUCCGUCUCGGACCUGGGACUCUGGACUCUAAUUCGUAGCUACUUCUCACCUCGGGGCUGCGCUGUCUCCCCGCUAGCCUUCCCGUUGUCCUCCACCGCUCAGGACGGGGGUGCCACGAUGUCCCGCUGCUGCGCAGGGCCCCGGGCCUCCCUCGACGUGUGACCCUAGCCUGGUCCCCCUGCUUGGCUGUCCGCCCUCUCCUUGGAGACCCCCGGCCCGGCCCCCGGGGGAAGAGGAAGAAGACGACGAGGCCGAGGGGGGGAUGUCCGGCUCCAAAAGCGUGAGCCCCCCGGGCUACGCUGCACAGACAGCGGCGUCGCCAGCGCCCCGGGGAGGCCCGGAGCAUCGCGCCGCUUGGGGAGAAGCCGAUUCCCGCGCCAAUGGCUACCCCCACGCCCCCGGGGGAUCAACCCGCGGCUCCACCAAGAGAUCUGGGGGAGCGGUGACCCCACAACAGCAGCAGCGCCUGGCCAGCCGUUGGCGCGGUGGCGAUGACGACGAAGACCCUCCACUAAGCGGUGAUGACCCUCUGGCUGGGGGCUUCGGCUUCAGCUUCCGCUCUAAGUCCGCCUGGCAGGAGCGCGGUGGCGACGACGGCGGUCGCGGCAGCAGGCGGCAGCGGCGGGGCGCGGCUGGAGGGGGCAGCACCCGGGCGCCCCCUGCGGGCGGCAGCGGCAGUUCGGCGGCGGCCGCAGCGGCCGCAGGUGGCACAGAGGUGCGCCCCCGCUCGGUGGAGCUGGGCCUGGAGGAGCGUCGAGGAAAAGGCCGAGCGGCCGAGGAGCUGGAGCCCGGGACUGGCAUCGUCGAGGAUGGAGACGGGUCGGAGGAUGGAGGCAGUUCUGUGGCGUCAGGCUCUGGGACCGGCGCGGUGCUGUCGUUGGGCGCCUGCUGCCUGGCCUUGCUGCAGAUAUUCCGCUCUAAGAAGUUCCCGUCGGACAAACUGGAGCGUCUGUACCAGCGCUACUUCUUCCGCCUGAACCAGAGCAGUCUCACCAUGCUCAUGGCCGUGCUGGUGCUUGUGUGCCUGGUCAUGCUGGCUUUCCACGCGGCGCGCCCCCCGCUCCAGAUAGCCUACCUGGCCGUGUUGGCAGCUGCUGUGGGCGUGAUCCUUAUCAUGGCCGUGCUCUGCAACCGUGCAGCGUUCCACCAGGACCACAUGGGCCUGGCCUGCUAUGCGCUCAUUGCAGUGGUGCUGGCCGUCCAGGUAGUGGGCCUGUUGCUGCCACAGCCACGCAGCGCCUCCGAGGGCAUCUGGUGGACCGUGUUCUUCAUCUAUACCAUCUACACCCUGCUGCCUGUGCGCAUGAGGGCUGCGGUGCUCAGCGGGGUGCUUCUGUCGGCUCUCCACUUGGCCAUCUCUCUGCACACCAACUCCCAGGACCAGUUUCUGCUGAAACAGCUUGUCUCCAAUGUCCUCAUCUUCUCCUGCACCAACAUUGUGGGUGUGUGCACUCACUACCCAGCUGAGGUCUCCCAGAGACAGGCCUUCCAGGAGACCCGGGAGUGUAUCCAGGCUCGGCUCCAUUCCCAGCGGGAGAACCAGCAACAGGAGCGUCUCCUGCUGUCUGUCCUUCCCCGUCAUGUUGCCAUGGAGAUGAAAGCAGACAUCAACGCCAAGCAGGAGGAUAUGAUGUUCCACAAGAUCUACAUCCAGAAGCAUGACAAUGUGAGGUAGACCUUUGGACAAGGUCUCUGAGAGGAAGCUUGGAAAACCCUUGGGAGGAAAGAGGCCUAGAGGAAAACAUCCUGUUUGCUGACAUCGAGGGCUUCACCAGCCUGGCUUCCCAGUGUACUGCCCAAGAACUGGUCAUGACCCUCAAUGAGCUCUUCGCCCGCUUUGACAAGUUGGCUGCGGAGAAUCACUGUUUACGGAUUAAGAUCCUCGGGGAUUGUUACUACUGCGUCUCGGGGCUGCCUGAAGCCAGAGCCGACCAUGCCCACUGCUGCGUGGAGAUGGGAAUGGACAUGAUCGAGGCCAUCUCGUUGGUCCGGGAGGUGACAGGGGUGAACGUGAACAUGCGCGUGGGAAUUCACAGCGGGAGAGUACACUGCGGUGUCCUUGGUCUCAGAAAGUGGCAAUUCGACGUGUGGUCUAACGAUGUCACUCUGGCCAACCACAUGGAAGCUGGUGGCAAGGCGGGCCGCAUCCACAUCACCAAGGCCACACUCAACUACCUGAAUGGGGACUAUGAGGUGGAACCAGGCUGUGGUGGCGAUCGCAAUGCCUACCUCAAGGAGCACAGCAUUGAGACCUUCCUCAUCCUGAGCUGUACCCAGAAGCGGAAAGAAGAGAAGGCCAUGAUCGCCAAGAUGAACCGCCAGAGAACCAACUCCAUCGGACACAAUCCGCCUCACUGGGGAGCCGAGCGCCCCUUCUACAACCACUUGGGCGGCAACCAGGUGUCAAAGGAGAUGAAGAGGAUGGGCUUUGAGGACCCCAAGGACAAGAAUGCCCAGGAAAGUGCGAACCCAGAGGAUGAAGUGGACGAGUUUCUGGGUCGGGCCAUCGAUGCCAGGAGCAUCGACAGACUGCGAUCUGAACACGUCCGCAAGUUCCUCCUGACCUUCAGGGAGCCCGACUUAGAGAAGAAGUACUCCAAGCAGGUGGAUGACCGAUUUGGUGCCUAUGUGGCCUGCGCCUCGCUUGUUUUCCUCUUCAUCUGCUUUGUCCAGAUCACCAUUGUGCCCCACUCCCUGUUCAUGCUGAGUUUCUACCUGUCGUGUUUCCUGCUGCUGGCCUUGGUGGUGUUUGUGUCUGUGAUCUAUGCCUGUGUGAAGCUUUUCCCCACUCCCCUGCAGACACUCUCCAGGAAGAUAGUGCGAUCCAAGAAGAACAGCACCCUGGUCGGGGUAUUCACCAUCACCCUGGUGUUCCUCUCGGCUUUUGUCAACAUGUUCAUGUGCAACUCUAAGAACCUGGUGGGCUGCCUGGCAGAGGAGCACAACAUCACGGUGAACCAGGUCAACGCAUGUCAUGUGAUGGAGUCGGCCUUCAACUACAGCCUGGGCGACGAGCAGGGCUUCUGUGGCAGCCCCCAGCCCAACUGCAACUUCCCAGAGUACUUCACCUACAGCGUGCUGCUCAGCCUGCUGGCCUGCUCCGUGUUCCUGCAGAUCAGCUGCAUUGGAAAGCUGGUGCUCAUGCUGGCCAUUGAGUUCAUCUAUGUGCUCAUCGUGGAGGUGCCCGGCGUCACACUCUUCGACAACGCUGACCUUCUGGUCACCGCCAAUGCCAUAGACUUCAGCAACAACGGGACCUCCCAGUGCCCUGAGCAUGCAACCAAGGUGGCGCUGAAGGUGGUGACGCCCAUCAUCAUCUCUGUCUUCGUGCUGGCUCUGUAUCUGCAUGCCCAGCAGGUGGAGUCCACUGCUCGCCUUGACUUCCUCUGGAAACUGCAGGCCACAGAAGAGAAGGAGGAGAUGGAGGAGCUGCAGGCCUACAAUCGGCGCCUGCUGCACAACAUUCUGCCCAAGGACGUGGCUGCCCACUUCCUGGCCCGGGAACGGCGCAAUGACGAGCUGUACUACCAAUCGUGCGAGUGUGUGGCUGUCAUGUUUGCCUCCAUUGCCAACUUCUCCGAAUUCUAUGUAGAGCUAGAGGCCAACAAUGAGGGCGUCGAGUGCCUACGGCUGCUCAAUGAGAUCAUCGCAGACUUCGAUGAGAUCAUCAGUGAGGAUCGGUUCAGGCAGCUGGAAAAGAUCAAGACCAUAGGCAGCACCUACAUGGCUGCCUCUGGCCUCAACGACUCCACCUAUGACAAGGCAGGCAAGACCCACAUCAAGGCUAUUGCAGACUUCGCUAUGAAGCUGAUGGACCAAAUGAAGUACAUCAAUGAGCACUCCUUCAACAACUUCCAGAUGAAGAUUGGGCUCAACAUUGGACCUGUAGUGGCUGGAGUCAUUGGGGCUCGCAAGCCUCAGUAUGACAUCUGGGGCAAUACAGUGAAUGUGGCCAGCCGUAUGGACAGCACUGGGGUGCCUGACCGCAUCCAGGUUACUACAGAUAUGUACCAGGUGCUGGCCGCCAACACAUACCAGCUGGAGUGCCGGGGUGUGGUCAAGGUCAAGGGCAAGGGUGAGAUGAUGACUUACUUCCUCAAUGGAGGGCCUCCCCUCAGUUAGCAGAUACCAGCCAGCGGUGCCAGCAUCCUGGCCUCCAGAGGAUUGGAACAGCUUUUGUGCACCAUGGGCAGAUAGGGCCUGUGCUCCAGGCUCACAGCUGUGCUGGUAAAAUUCCCACUUUGACUCAGAAGCAACUUCUGCCUUUGCUGGUGGGCAUGGCUUUUGGCCUAGGCCCAGGGUGCCAGCGUCCUGCAAGCACCGAGCUGACCAAAGAUGUUUCCCCUUGGCAGAAGACUCUGCUAGACUCGAGUUGAACCUUGAGUUUUCUGACAAGUGCUGCUGCCGCAUGGUGGAGGUGCUACCGGAGCCUUCAUUGGUGGUGCAGCAUGGCACAUGGUGGCUGGCCUGAGGGGAGGCCUUGGCCAUGAUGGGGUGGUAGGCAAGCUCAAAGCUGGCCUGGGGGUGUCCAUGGAACUCAAGGGUCUGCUUUUCCACUGUGGAGAGGUCACUCCCCCUCACAACGUUUGGGGGACAGGAACUGGGAGACGUGUGGCCUGUGCCAUCCUCUCCCCACACCUCCACGCACAGAGACAAUGCCCUGUAAGGGAAACAGGACUGUUGACAAGGGAGGCAAGAGGACACCAGGCAAGGAGCAGUGGCUCUGAGCAAAAGAAAAUAUUUAUUAAAUAAAACAAAACAAGUUUUCUCUGCCCGUCUUUAGACUAUGCUAGUUGUAUGCGUGUUAUAAGACACACAAGCAAAACGAGGAUGCCACUGGGGAAGGGAGGUGGGAACCCCAACUUGUCUUUUUGUAUUUUUUAUUUUGUAUUAUUGAAACCUUGGAGAUCUAACAAAUAUACCAAAUUCUAUAUUUUGUAAAUUCUAUUAGGAAGCAGCUGUGCCCAGCAGUGCACUUCUGCUCCUCUGUACUGUACGUGUGUGUGUGUGUGUGUGUACUGGUGUACGUGUGUGUUCCCCUCAUUUCAGACUUCUAGGCACAGCCAGAGCAGGGUUGUGUGUUGUUUUGGGGUACCACACUAGCCCCUCUUUCGAACUCCACCUUACACACAUCCCAUUUCCCAAGUAAGUGAAUGCCAACAGGACAAGAAGGCCAAGGCACUGCUCCUGUCCCAGGAGGUCUGAGCAUCCUGCACUCACUAGCGCUGCUCUUCCACUCGUCUCAGAGACGCUGCACGGUCCCCUCCCUCACAGAGGCCGGUCCUACAGGUUCCUGGAGCUCAAUAGUGGCCAGGGCUGGAGGAAGCCCAGGCUCUACAACCUCCUCAGUUGGCUCAGGUGCGGGGGGCUGUCUUGGAAAGGGUCCCUGUGACCUGGGGAUGCAAUCUAUCCAUCCUGGGUUUAGGGAAAGGGUAUAGCCCUGCCUUCCACCCCCAGACACAGGUAAGAUUUUGUCUGGUUUUGGUGGGAGGGGACACUUAAAUGCCCUGAGGAGAAAAUAGUUUUUGUACUUUCCAAGAACCUUUGAGGAAUGACCUUCUCUACCACAGAUAAACUUGAACAGCACCCUUACUGUCUGCCCAGAUCUCCUCAUUGCUUCUCAGGGUGCAGUUAUUCUCCCCUCUAGCACGAGAGUAAAAGUGAGGUGGCAGCCAGGUGCCAGCUCAAUGUUACCCUGAUGUCCUUCACCAGCCCCAAGAAACAAAGUCCGGACCCCAGACUGCUGCCCCUGCCUCUGUUCUGUGCUCUGCCGCUUCCCGAGUUCUGCACUGCCCUCACCUCUGUUUGGGGGCUGCUUCUCUCGCACCGUUCUCAAGUCCCCAGCCCUCCACAUGUCCUGCCAACACCAGUGGGUUUCUGUUUAGCUUCCAACCAGAGUACAGUGUGUGUGCUGAGUUUAUACUGUGUUUCCCCAUGGAGGCUCCUCCCCACUCCAGCAGUGACUGGUGACAGCGUGCAGUGCCAGCUCUUCCUUCCCUCUAAGGGGUGUGUGCACUCUUUUUAUUCCUGCUCUUGCAAAAAUGAUACGAUUAUGAUUUCCCAUGGAAAUUGAAAAGUCUAUUUAAAUAAUUUAACUAUUAAAAACACUUUCACUGGUA